AUUCGGGAGCUGGUCCCUGAGUCCCAGGCUUACAUGGACCUCCUAGCGUUUGAGAGAAAACUGGAUCAAACCAUCAUGCGGAAGCGGGUGGACAUCCAGGAGGCUCUGAAGAGGCCCAUGAAGCAAAAGCGGAAGCUGCGUCUUUAUAUCUCCAAUACUUUUAACCCUGCGAAGCCCGAUGCAGAGGAUUCUGAUGGCAGCAUUGCCUCCUGGGAGCUGCGGGUGGAGGGGAAGCUCCUGGAUGAUCCCAGCAAGCAGAAGCGGAAGUUCUCUUCCUUCUUCAAGAGUUUGGUCAUUGAGCUGGACAAAGACCUUUAUGGCCCUGACAACCACCUCGUUGAGUGGCAUCGGACACCCACAACCCAGGAGACAGAUGGCUUCCAGGUGAAGAGGCCGGGGGACCUGAGUGUGCGCUGCACCCUGCUCCUCAUGCUGGACUACCAGCCUCCCCAGUUCAAACUGGACCCCCGCCUGGCCCGGCUGCUUGGGUUGCAUACACAGAGCCGCUCAGCCAUCGUCCAGGCCCUGUGGCAGUAUGUGAAGACCAACAGGCUGCAGGAUUCCCACGACAAGGAAUACAUCAAUGGGGACAAGUAUUUCCAGCAGAUAUUUGAUUGUCCGCGACUGAAGUUUUCUGAGAUUCCCCAGCGCCUCACAGCCCUACUAUUACCUCCUGACCCGAUUGUCAUCAACCAUGUCAUCAGUGUGGACCCAUCAGACCAGAAGAAGACAGCGUGCUACGACAUUGACGUGGAGGUAGAGGAGCCAUUGAAGGGGCAGAUGAGCAGCUUCCUCCUGUCCACGGCCAACCAGCAGGAGAUCAGUGCUCUGGACAGUAAGAUCCAUGAGACGAUUGAGUCCAUAAACCAGCUCAAGAUCCAGAGGGACUUCAUGCUAAGCUUCUCCAGAGACCCCAAAGGCUAUGUCCAAGACCUGCUCCGCUCCCAGAGCCGGGAUCUCAAGGUGAUGACAGAUGUAGCUGGCAACCCUGAAGAAGAGCGCCGGGCUGAGUUCUACCACCAGCCCUGGUCACAGGAAGCCGUCAGCCGCUACUUCUACUGCAAGAUCCAACAGCGCAGGCAGGAGCUGGAGCAGUCGCUGGUUGUGCGCAACACCUAGGAGCCCCGUGAGCGAGCACCACUACGGACCUUCCGGCCACGCCCUGUGCCCCCAGUGCUCUGCCCUGGGUGCUGGCAUCACUCCCCUGCCACCUUGUGGGGGGGGGCUGGAUUAAAGGUCAUUGUCUGACAA